AUGUCGACGCUGGUGACCUGGUUCGUGUGUCUACUGCUGUUGGUUACGAGAUCCAUUUCGGGACACACGAUCGACGAACAUCGAGGGGAUGAUUACGAAGCCGACCAGAAAGAGAGUAAACUGCGAGAUUUAAAACCGGAGUCUGUGUUAAUGGGCAUCGCUAAGACGUUGAUCGGUGGCAAGACGGCAGCGGCCAGUGGUCAAUCGCUCAGCUUGAACAUGUCGAACUUAGUACUGAUGUUGGUACUCAGGGGUCUGAUAUGGGGCGUGUCAUACAUGCAAAAUGGUGGUGGUGUUAAGGAAGCACGAAACGAGGAUUCGACCUCGACCGCGGUCGGGGGACUGUUCCAGGACAUGGUUACUGAAACUGACGUGAUGCUGUUCCUCGGAUACUUGGUCGCCGACGAGUCGGGCCGACACGAAUGUCUGAACCGCGUGGCGUGCGAGCAACCGGAGCGGGCGGAGAGUUAUCUCAGGACCGCCGAAAUGGUCUGGAAAACCGCGAAAAUGUUUGACGGUGUGAUACCGUUGGACCCGAAGUACGAGAAAACAUUGAUCAGAUUGCAAGAAGCCAUCGAGAACGGAAUGGCGGUCGGUGAUUGCGAGUCGAAAUACAAAUGCUUCGAUUCGACUGUUGCCGAUAACUUCAAUAUCUAGCUGAAUUAAAUUUAACUAAAAAGACGUAUAAUAUACUUAUAUACCCGACUACGAAACUACUAACUUAACCUUUAUCGCAUUUAAAUUGUAUCAUUUGUGGAAUUAAGUCUGAUCGAUAGAGACGAACAUGCCGAGCGCAAUCUACACAUACACUUUUUAUAUUAUUUUACAUACCUAGUUGGUAAAUACUAAAUGUGUAAUCACUAAUUAACAUUCAUGAUUCAAAUGUUUUGUGGUAAUUAAUUUAUAGGGGCUAAAGCAGGAAAAAAUUACGGGGGGUUUUGAAAAAAUUUUAAAUAUUUAUUAGCGUCAUACUAUUCACACUGAAUUACCUACAGUAUGUCCUACAUAAUUUUUUUUUUUUUUUUGGGGGGGGGGUUAAACCCCCGAUUGUCUAUUUUAUAAUAGCAUUAAUAGACGAAAAAAAUGAAGUGAACAUUUUUAUCAUGAUA